AUGUCUUCGCAAUAUAAUGAAAAUUCACUUCCUCUGGAAUCAGAAAAGAAAGCGCGCAUGAAGCCGCAGGUGAAAAGAGUAAAGCUCAUGGAUAGCGACCAAGAGAACGAAGAUGCCUCCGCUGCCUCAGAUGAGAAGGAAAAGCAGAAAAGAGUGAGUGAUCUGCUGCAAAAAAUCAAAAAAUUAAACUACAAUAGCAGAAACAAAAGUCUGAGAAGCAGGCUGCAGGCUCUGGAAGAGGCAGACGAGCUGUUCAAAGAGAGCACGCCUGCACAGCGACUCAAAUAUCUCCACAUGGAGGCUAAAGCAAACAGAAGAAGCGUAGAACUCGACACUUUCAAAAGAAAAAUGCUCGAGCUAAUUCAAUUUCUAGAGACAACAGAAACAGGACAAGCGCUCUCCUGGGAUGAAGUGGUGCAAAGGCUGGCACAGAUCGCAGAUGCGCACGGAAGAAUAAGAGAGUUUGUGUGGCCACAGAUCGAUGGCAUUGAAACAGGACUGAAUCUGUGGAUCUUAAAGGUAGUCGCAGGACUGUACUUUAAAAAGAUCAAAAUACACGAGGUAAAAAAAGAGAUACUGCAGUCCCCGGGGAAGUAUCCAAUCGAGUGGCAGCGCGUUGACUUCAGCCUCGGCGGGCCAAGACUAAUGAGACAGCUGCUUGAAAUUCUGAACAGCAAAACCACUCCAUCCUUCCAAGAGAGAAAGAAGAAAAAAGAAAACUCAGCCAUGUCCCACAGUAGAGCAGAAAAGCACGUUGUGCUCUCCUCAGAGAUACCCAUUUCCCUGGGAGGCGUUGAAACACUGGGGCACGUGGACAUUGCAGCAGAGAUGAACAUCAUAAGCAGAAAGCUGUACGAAACACUCCGACAGAAUGGCAGCAUAAAGUCAGAAACAGCUCUGCCCCACUCCCUGCAGGACAUCCGAUGCGGAGAGCAGAUGUAUCCGCCAAAAGAAAUAGUCAUAGACGUAUCGUACGAAGAUGUUAGGCUGGAUAAUCACGCAUUCUAUGUGCGAACAGAUGAUGCAGACGCAGAAACUAUCCUGGGAAGAGAGCUCACGCGGCUCCUGCGCGCAACCAAGGAAACAUCGACGAGUCUCAGAGAAAUAUUCCAGACAGAAAGACACAAGGCCUGUCCCUUCAUGGAGUUCAUUGGAGACGUAACAUCUUCUGAUCUUACUUCCCUCAGCAUCCAUGAUGUCGUAAAUGUCUCCUCUGAUUACGCACACAACAUCCCAGAUAAGAAAAACACCGAAUAA